CCACGUUCUCCCUUCGGCGACCACGUUUUCCCCUUCCAACCGAAACCUUCCUGUCAAUGGCCGCCUCCCCUUCCAAGGGCGUUAGGGUUUAACUCCAGCUUCUCCCCGAUCUCUAUCACCGCCCUCUCCUCGAUCUGGUACCGCAGUACCUGGUAGCCUCAUGGGGUACCUGCAGGAGGCCAGGGAGAAUCACGUCAAGAAGAAGGUAGAGGAAGCUUUGCGCAGCAAAAUGAAACAAAAGGCCCUCAAGGAAUGUGAUGUGCUGUGUUCAAAAUAUGCCGAAUGUGCUCGAGGAAGAACUUUCUCUGUGGUUUGGACAUGCCGCAAGCAAGCCAAAGAGUUGAAUAGCUGUCUUCAUCAGUUCACCAAUGAUGCAAUACUUGAAGAUAUGAAGAAGGCUUACAUGGCCGAGCAAGAGAGCAAGGAGAAGAACCAAUAAUCUUUAUGCACGGGCAAAUGGAAAGUCAUGGCUCUCCAUGCCUCUAUGUACACUGCUGCUUUUGGAAUUUGGAGUUGCUUACUGGUUAUCUUAGUUGAUUGAUGCUGAAUUCCUAGAGAUCUUUUGUGAACAUUUGGGUUUGUCCAGAUGCAUAACCUGGUAUGAUCUCAAGAAAUCCAUGUAGUAUUUUUGUUGA